AUGCCAGGAAUCAAUCCAGGCGCGUGGCGGCCGUCCAUCGCCUACGCCCCGGUGCUCAAAUCUGACCAUACACCAGACUGCGGCAAGAUCUUCCUUGUCCUCACUAUACGGGUCUGUGACGGGAGCAGCUAUCGAGCUACUAUACCUUCAUUCACGCAUAACCGAUCCUCGGUGUCGCGAGACGUUUUGGUGCUGCUGGGCACUGAGGGAAUCAAGGGGCUCCAACUAUGGAUCAAGGCGCUGAUCUGUUUACCUCGAACAGCCAAAUCUCCCCAGACAGCAGUCCGAGAUCCAUUCACUCUGACUACAGUCAGCAACAUGUUAACCCGCGACGAGAGGAUUCAACAGUACAACUGA